GUUUGUGUUAAGUGAUGAGCAGAAGAGGCUGUUUGAGAAGCUGUCGAUAUACUGUGACCGCUACGCAGAGCUCAUUCCUGUCUCCUUUGUGCUGGGCUUCUAUGUGACCUUGGUCGUGUCCCGUUGGUGGGGCCAGUUUGAAAACGUCCCCUGGCCAGACCGCCUGACAGCAUUAGUGGGUGGUCAUGUUCGUGGAGCCGAUGAGGCCUCCAGGCUGACCCGCCGGACUCUGAUGCGAUACGCCAACCUGUCUGGUGUACUCAUCUACCGCUCUGUCAGCACAGCCGUCUACAAGAGGUUUCCCACCAUGCAGCACCUGGUGCAGGCAGGAUUGAUGACACCCGAGGAGCUGAGGCACCUGGAGGACUUGCCCUCUCCUCAUAACAAGUUCUGGGUUCCCUGUAUGUGGUUCGUCAGUCUGGCUCUGAGAGCUCGGUCUGAGGGUCGCAUCAACAACGACGUGGCGCUCACAGCCAUCCUCACUGAGCUGAAUAGUUUACGGGCAAAGUGUAUGAAGCUGUACGGAUACGACUGGAUCAGCCUGCCUCUCGUGUAUACUCAG